UUUUUUUUUUUUCUUUAUAUAUAAUUUUUUAAUUGAAGAAAUAGAAUGCAGACUAAUAUAUAUGAUGAUGAACCACGUUCUAUAUUUGUAAUUGGAAAUCCUUUACGCUUUUUAUCUCGUAAAGGAAGAAAUAUAGGUGUCUAUUUAUCAGGUGGUUUGCUUGCUAUUGGAUGGUGGGCUUUUAUAGAUGCAGUCAUCAAUUCAACCAAAUACAAUGGAAUGAGUCAUAUGGGAUUUGAGGAUUGGUUCUCGGGUAUCCUGACGACUUUUGGUAUGAUUGUAAUAAAUUUAAUAGAUAAAAAUCGAUUACAGGAUGAUACAGUAUCUUAUGGGGAUUUGAAUUUAAUUUGGAAAGCAAGAUUAUUCUUAUUUCUUGGCUUUUCUUUAAUUGCAGGAGGAUUUGCAGGAUCAUGUUGUGUAUUGAUUAUCAAGUAUAUAAUUCAGUUGGAAUCUGCACAACCUUAUAUUAACUAUGGUAUUGCAGGAGUCGUACAAAAUAGUUUGAUUAUGUUAAGUACAUUUGUAUUGUGGGUAGCUCAAAAUACACAACAAGAAUAUGAAUAUGACUUGAGAAUUUAACGAUAAUAAUAAGAAUAAUAAUAAAGUUUUUUUUUUUUUUUUUUUUUUU